AUGGCGGUGGAGUCAAGCCUCUAUCAGGCAGAACUCUUUGAAUUUGCAAGCAAUUACGAAGGAGUGUACCAAAGCAGCAUUACUCAAGCAGCGAAAUUCUAUAGUAGUAGCGGAUAUGAGGAUGAAUUGUUAUGGGCUUCUGUGUGGCAUUUUCUCGCCACCAGCGAGGAAUCUUACAUAGAUGCUCCUAAAGGGUCCUCUGGUGGCACGAGAUCCAGGUUUUCCUGGGAUGACAAGUACGACCUUGGUGCACAGGUCCUAGUUUCAAAGGAGGCCUUAGAUCAAGACAUAUAUGGCCAAUUCAAGUUUGAUGGAGAGCAGUUCAUAUGCAGUUGCCUUAAAAAAGGCAAGAAAAAUGUUAUCAAGUCACUCGAGGGCUUGCUAUGGUUUAUAUCAUACGACCUUCAAUACAUAACCACUGUCACAUUCAUUGCAACAACAUAUUUUGAUUAUCUGACCACAUACUCGGCUACGUUUGAUUGUCCCGGUGGGCACUAUACAGCCCAAUGA